UGUAGGUUGUUUCUGAACAUUGGCAGGUAAAAAACUACUGGUGCAGCAUGGCAUCUGGAGAGGGACCCUUACAUAUGGUAACACCAACAAUACAGAGUAUGCCUUUAAGUAAACUUACUGACUAUGAUGUAUACUUGAAGCUAGAAAAUCUCCAGAUACCAGGAUCAUUCAAAAUAAGAGGCAUUGGAAACCUAAUUAAAAAGGCAGCACAGCAUGGUUGUAAGAAGAUAGUUUGUGCAUCAGGAGGAAAUGCUGGCCUGGCAGCAGCAUAUGCAGCUAAAACACUUGGUAUUCCUGCAACUAUAGUGCUGCCCCAGAGUACACCAGGAUUUGUUGCAGAUAAACUCAGGAAUGAGUAUGGAGCAGAGGUGUUGAUUCAUGGCAAAGUAUGGGAUGAGAGCAACAAGUUUGCAACAGAGAUGUCAAAAGAUUCAGAUUGUUUGUAUGUACAUCCAUUUGACCACCCAGAUAUAUGGGAAGGACAUUCAAGCAUGAUGGAAGAAGCUACCCAGCAGAUGCCAUGUAAACCAGAUGUUGUUAUUGUAUCUGUCGGAGGGGGAGGACUACUCAAUGGUGUACUGAUGGGCAUGAAAAAAGUUGGCUGGAGUGAUGUCCCCUGUAUUUCUAUGGAAACUGUAGGGGGAGAUUGUCUGAAUGCAUCACUUAAAGCAGGGAAAAUUGUAACAAUACCAGAUAUAACUAGUGUAGCUAAAAGCCUUGGGGCACUAACCCCAUCUGCAAAAACUUUUGAACUCGCACAAUCUCAUGAGAAGUUUCAUUCUGUUGUUGUUGAAGAUAAAGAAGCAGUUUCAGCCUGUCUUAGAUUUGCAGAUGAUCACAGAUUUUUGGUAGAGCCAGCAUGUGGUGCCAGUUUAGCUGCAGUGUAUGGAAGUGUGUUACAGGACUUACAAUCUAGGGGGAAAUUAGGAGACGUAAAGUCAGCUCUAGUUAUUGUAUGUGGCGGCAGUUCUUCCACACUUAAACAGCUUCAGACUUGGAGAGAUUUGUUUAACUUGUGAGCAAAAUAAAAGUGACAGGGGCAUUAGUGUCACACUUUGAUUAAGUUUUUGCAUGCAAGUUUUGACACCAAAACUACUAGAAAUAAUAGGUUGAGAAUUAUGACUCUUUUUGAACUUUGAAAAUUCUACAUUAUCCAGGCUUUUUUUUUACUAUAAAGUACUGAAAAUAGUCGAGCCCACUGUCCUACUGAAAGCUCUUGUGUAUUAUGUUGACCAAAAAAACAUGAUCUUGUUAGCAUGUUGAUUUGAUAAACAUCUGAAGUUAUGUGGAACUUAAUUUAAUAAUACUGAAUAAAGAAGAUUAAACACAUAUCAGCUAUAGUCUAAAGCUACAUGUUUAUUAUACCGGUGAUACUAGUGAAAUACCGUUUGUAUACAUGUAUAAUGCAUAAACUAUAACUAAGUAACAAAUACAU